AUGUUGGUGGUACGUGUGGACUUGCUUCGUCAAAGUCAAGUCUACGUGUGCCUCUAUAGAUCCCAUAAUGGUGACUUGGAGACAAGCCAACUGUUUGACCAUCUUAGUCGGGUGGCAGACCUUGCGCAAGAGCAGUUUCCUUACGCUGAAUUGGUGUUUUUGGGGGAUUUCAAAGCUCACCAUGAAUCAUGGUUGAACUCCUUCAAAAUUGAUCAUGCUGGAAGGACUACUCAUGCUUUCGCUCUUAUGCAUGACUUUACCCAACUGGUUGAUCAGCCCACCAGGAUCCCAGAUAUAGACGGACAAGGGCCUUCUCUAUUAGACCUUCUGCUGACUUCUCACUCGGUGGAUUAUCGGGUUGUGGUUCAGAUUCCUCUUGGUUCCUCGGAUCACAGUUUGAUAUCAACCAAAGUGCCACAGCCUAAGCUACUGCCAACAAACGCAGGUAAACGUAGCAUUUGGCACUAUAAGUCGGCAGAGUGGGACGUUAUGCGUGAUUACUUUGCGUCAGUCCCUUGGAAAGAAUGUUGCUUUAGUGGCAAAGACCCGACAGCUAGAGCCGCUGCUGUUCCUGGUGAGAUCCUGUUGGGGAUGGAAUACUACAUUCCUAACUCAGAUCUCAUUAGUAGGGGUAUGGGUAACCGUUGGUCCACUCGGGAGUGUGGCGAUGCUGUGUCAUCUAAGCAGGCAGCAUAUCGCUCGUGGAUCAAUGGCUGCGCUAGUAGGGCUCCGAACAUUGACUCACUGAAAGCAACCUACAACAAAGAAUCCAAGUCCUGGAAGAAGACAUAUAUAAGAGCGGUUGCCCAACGCAUUGUGCAGAUUGGCCAUGACCUUAUCUCGCAUCAUACGAGCUCCCGUAGUUUUUGGCGUCUAACCAAGUCUGUGCACAACAACUUCUGCCAACCUUCGCUGCCACCGCUCAGGAACCCGAAUGGAUCAGUAGCCUACAGUCCGCAGGAGAAAGCCGAUCUUCUGGCGAAACUUUUUGCCCACAAUUCUGUGAUCGAUGAUUGUAGUGCGCUGCCACCAAAAAUACUUUCAUGUGGUCACACAAUGCCUGACAUUAAAAUUAGGCAGCGUGAUGUGCGUGCAGAGCUACAAUCACUCGACGUAUGGAAAGCUAACGGUUCUAACGGAAUACCGGCUAUAGUGCUGAAGAAGUGUGCAGCGGAGCUGUCUCCAGUGUUAACGCGCCUAUUCCAUUUGUCGCUUUCUACAGGAUGUGAGCCGGAGGCCUAG